GUUUGUUUGUUUGAGUUUGAACUUGAAUACCUGUUCCUGUUGUUUGUAGAUCAGUAUGUUGACGAUUAAAAAUAUAUCUUACGAUCAUUGAUUUAGUAACUAUUGGUGAUAAUCAAAUGCGUGUACUACAUUUGUUAAUUCGCCUCUCAAAUUAUACGUUAAUUAAUUGAAUGUUCAAAACCCUGUCAAGAUGAAGUGUUCAAUAUCAGGAUGUCCAAAUAUCUAUGACAAAAAGAACAGCACUGUUUCUUUUCACAAGUUUCCCAACAAUCCCGAAAUACUGACAGUUUGGGUGGCAGCGACUGGGACACUAGAUUUCAUUCCAACCCAUGGUUCCAAAGUCUGCAGUGAUCAUUUUGCGGAAAAGGCAUAUAAAAAUGAAGGCAACAGACGCUUCCUGACGCCUCGCGCUGUUCCAACAAAGUCGUUGUCGGAAGAAGCUGCAACCCUCGUCAAAAAUCAACUAACUGCAAUGGGUAAAUACAAACAAGACAACAAUACUAUGGCUUGUAUUCUCGGUAACGACACUACUAUAAAGCAAGUAUCAAUCACUAGAGAUCCUACAGAUCUUACGACUCCACAGCAAGAAAAAGUACAAGCCCCAGCAAGCAUCAAGGUAGUGGAUAUGAAGAAUCUGUUGGAACCACAACCUGAACCUACUGCUCUAGUAGCAAAUCAAGUAUGCUCAACGGAACCAAAGACUGCAGCUGCGGCCAACCCUAUGAAGUCUCACGCAAAUAAAUCGUCCACAAAUUCUGUGAAGUCUCACGUGAAUAUAUCCUCCAGAAAUCCUGCAAAGUCUCCUGUAAAUAAAUCCUCCAUCAACCCUGUGAAGUCUCUCGUAAAUAAAUCCUCCAUCACCAUCAACCCUGUGGACUCUCAGGUGCAGAAAUGCCCCAUCAAGAAAACUUCCGAAUGUAAAUACCCGAUCAAUCAUCUGAAGCCUACAACUGCAUCACUCGUAUCACAAACAGGAGUUUCGACUAGCCUAGUUCUGAGUUGUUUGAAGGUGAUUUUGCCAGGAAAGUUUGACUUUUCACGUAUGAUACCUAAUGAAAAAGUAGUCUCUUUGGUCAUCCGUUACAUGAAACUGAACGAACAUAGUGAGGACAUAUAUAAUGUUGUCAAGGAUCACCUCAACAUUAUAAUAGAAGGGGCAAAAACAAUAGACAAAAAAAGUGUCGACUUUGCAAAUCAUCCUUACACAAACAUAAGCGACAGAGAUUUGAAAGAAGCUUUGAAUGUGAUUUUGCCGAUAAAAUUCUCAAUGGUAGACAUAACUGAUGAAUUGUUGGCUUUAAUAUGCAUAAACUUGGAUCUUGACAUUCACAGUGACGCGUAUUACAUAUUGAUUGGGAAAAUUCGUAAGUUUACUAGUGAAGGUCAGAUGUUCAGCGAAAUACUUAACCUUGGAGAUCAAGUCGAUAAGUCACUGGAAAUUGAGAAAAGUGUAGAAGAAAGCAAUCAUACAUCUAUUGGUCAGGAAGAGAAAGCAAGUCCUGAACCGCCGCAAGAUGAAAAUCCAGAUAUAAAACCAGAAUUUGAGAACAAAGAACGUAUGAUUAAUGAUGCGAUUCCCCCGUGUGAAAGUAAUAUAGAAGAUAAUGAUGUGAAACUCCCUGUCAAUAGUCAGCAAGAUGGAGAAUAUAAUGAUGUGAAACACCCUGUCAAUGGUCAGCAAACGCCUGACAAUCAUUUAUCUACGAGCAGUGAAGAUACUGACUUGUCAUAUUCUGAGAGUAGAUCCCGUGUUGACAAGGAUUGGGAUCCAAAAUCUAAUACAGAAAAUAUUAGAAAAAAUCCAAUUAAUCCAGAUCAUUCCAACCUCAUUAACAUAGUUAAUUUUCUACAUGCCAACCAUCGCUCAGCAAGACAGAUUUUUGCGAAUACAAUGCUCAUGUUCAAAUUGUGUAGAUAUCUUGACAAGAGACCUCAUGACAGGAACAUGAAGGAAUUGGAGACAAAAUUGAAAUACAUCAUAGAUAACAAUAUAACGAGAAAAAACUUACACCAAUUCGUUCCGAUCAAGAAAAAAUUCAAGCCAAAAAUUAAGAAAAAUGCAAUUCCAAAGAUAAAUCAAGAAAAGCUAAAAAUGAAACCAAUUGUGGUUUUAAAUGACGUUUUUCACUUUACCCAAGAGGAAAUCUUCUUGAAUAAAGAAAAAGAGAAACAAUGUCAUAAGGAAGUUAGAUAUUCACAAAAACCAAGAGUGUUUAAUAUAACCUAUUCUACUGAACUAGUGAUGAAGAAAACAGACGAAAGUUACAAACAGUUUAGGAAAAUAACUUCUAAGAAUGUUGGAAAUAAAUUAGUGUUUUACAAGACAUUUGCUAAGCUCGCUCCUGGUACAAUAGUUUAUGCCAAGAAUUAUAGACUACCAAGGGUGGGGUGGGUGAAAGGAUACAUCAGUAAGCAAGUUGGCCCGUUGAAGUAUAAAGUUCAGCUAGAUGACGACUAUGUUUGGAUUUGUACUUGCGACCAACUCAGACCACUAAUGAACCAAUUUGUAAAUCAUGAAAAACGCAGAGGUAGAUCUGUUAAACCCAAACAGCUGAUGGAUUUGUAAUAUUGAUUUGGAUGUAUUUGAUUCUGUUUCCAUUCAAUGAAAAUGAACUCAAACAUGGACUCAUACAUUUUUUACUGCUACAGUAUUUUUUUAGUGCAAAAAGUUAUAGUAAAGUAGAUAUAAAAAUUAAUACACCAUUCUCUAUUAAAUAUUUAUUUGUAUUGACUUAUUUUGAUAUACAAGUACUUUGCUAAAAGUGAAGGAUAAGAGUACACUUUAUAGUUUAUGUGAAUCAUUAAAAAAUAUACUUAAUGUUUGAGUAUUAAGUACUGUACAUGGUUAUUGCUAUGAAAUAGGUUGGAGGAUGGUAAAAAAACUAAAGUUUUCCUUUCAAAUCUUUAUAAUUCUCAUUAGAUCUCAAUAAAUUGUGCAUAGAUGUCUUCAAAAACUUUACCAGGAGCUAAUUUUGUAUAUUUCUUUCACUUUUACAAUAGAACUCUUUUACUUUAGACUAGUAAUUGUUAAUUUAGCUUUGAUAUAUCAUGUUAAUCUGUUUGAACUAAAUACCUAACCAUUUAUUAAUAUUUCAUAUGGUUUUAGUACUUCAAGCUGAAAAAUCUAAGAUCUCAGUUAACCUUGUUAUUUGAUGAAGCUGUUGGAUUUUGAUAUACCGUAAAUACAUUUUAUACAGUACAGUAGAGAGUCGAAAAUCCGAACUGCUCCUGGGGGUUUUAAAAUAUUGAAUUAGCACAGAGGCAACAGAUGUUGUACAAUUUCGCGGGCCAAACAAUCGGCGCCUGGCAGGAAAAUGAGUGAACGCGCCGAGCAAGUCUGUGUUUUCUUCGUUUCCAAUGUAUAAGCUCUACAUAUAUAUAUUUUUUUCAAGAAAUGAAUUACAGUUAUAUAACGAAAAUACCUAAGUACAAAAAUCAUUAUUUUUAUUUCAUUCACUGUAUCCUAGAACUGUAUUUUUAAUACUGUAGGCCUAAUUUUGUGUCUGUUAGGCAUUUUUAGGCUAUGUUCGAAAAUUCGAACAAAUCGGUAAUCUGAACCUCCUACGGUCCCCAAUUGGUUCGGAUUUUUGACUCUCUACUGUACUUUGGAUAAAUAUUAUGUUUAAAAUUUUACUGAUGUAAAUAAUGUGUUUUUAGUUUAAUUUCAAUAAAGUGUGCACAUGUGUUUUGUA